UCUUCAGCAGAAAUAAGGAAACAGUUUACUCUCCCACCAAACCUUGGCCAGUACCAUCGACAGAGCAUAAGUACCUCUGGCUUCCCCUCUCUUCAACUACCUCAGUUCUAUGAACCUGUGGAGCCGGUGGACUUUGAAGGACUUCUGAUGACACACCUGAGCAGCCUGGACGUGGAGCUUGCCCAGGAGCUGGGAGACUUCACCGAUGACGACUUGGACGUGGUGUUCACGCCAAAGGAAUUUAGGACUUUGCAGCCCUCUUUGCCGGAGGAAGGGGUUGAACUGGACCCUCAUGUCAGGGACUGUGUUCAGACCUAUAUUCGGGAGUGGCUAAUCGUGAACCAGAAAAACCAAGGAAGUUCGGAGAUUUGCAGCUUUAAAAAGACUGGAUCUCGAAAAGAUUUUCACAAGACUCUUCAGAAACAGACCUUUGAGUCAGAAACCUUGGAGUGCAAUGAACCCACCACUCAGACAGGGCCCCGCCGCUUGAACGUGCUGUGCGAUGUGUCUGGGAAAGGCCCCCUCACUGCCUGUGACUUUGACCUCCGCAGCCUGCAGCCUGACCAGCGACUAGAAAACCUCCUGCAGCACGUGAGUGCCGAGGACUUUGAGAAGCAAAAUGAGGAGGCCCGGAGGACCAAUCGGCAGGCCGAGCUCUUUGCCCUGUACCCAUCAGUGGACGAGGAGGAUGCUGUGGAAAUACGUCCGGUACCAGAAUGUCCCAAGGAACAUCUGGGCAACAGAAUAUUGAUCAAGUUGCUGACACUGAAGUUUGAGAUUGAAAUUGAGCCUCUGUUUGCCAGCAUUGCCCUCUACGAUGUUAAAGAAAGGAAAAAGAUCUCAGAAAAUUUUCACUGUGACCUGAACUCUGACCAGCUCAAAGGAUUUCUGCGAGCUCACACGCCUUCAGUUGCCACAUCAAGUCAGGCGAGAUCUGCGAUCUUCUCAGUCACCUACCCAUCCUCAGACAUCUACCUAGUAAUCAAGAUUGAAAAAGUCCUUCAGCAAGGAGAGAUUGGAGAAUGUGCAGAACCCUACAUGGUUAUCAAAGAAAGUGACGGGGGAAAGAGUAAAGAAAAGAUUGAAAAACUAAAACUUCAAGCUGAAUCCUUCUGCCAACGUUUGGGAAAAUAUCGGAUGCCCUUUGCCUGGGCGCCCAUUAGCUUAGCAACCUUCUUCAAUGUCUCCACCCUCGACAGGGAGGUAAUGGAUGUGGAGCCCACGGUUGGGAGAAGCUCAGUGGGUGAACGGAGGACUUUGGCCCAGUCUAGAAGACUUUCUGAAAGAGCCCUCUCCUUGGAGGAAAAUGGUGUUGGAUCCAACUUCAGAACCACCACCAUGACCAUUAACACCUUUUUCAAGCAGGAGGGAGAUCGCCUCAGUGAUGAAGACUUAUUCAAGUUUUUAGCUGACUACAAAAGAUCAUCUUCCCUACAGAGACGAGUCAAGUCGAUUCCAGUCUCACUCAAGCUGGAGAUUUCUUCAGCUCCAGAGACAAUCAAUUGUUGUCUGACUCCUGAGAUGUUGCCUGUGAGACCCUUUCCUGAAAACCGGACACGUCCACACAAAGAGAUUUUGGAAUUUCCAAUACGAGAAGUGUACGUCCCUCAUACUGUGUACAGGAAUCUUCUCUACGUCUACCCACAGAGGCUGAACUUUGCUAGCAAACUAGCAUCUGCCCGGAACAUUACAAUAAAGAUUCAGUUUAUGUGCGGAGAAGAUGCUAGCAACGCUAUGCCGGUCAUCUUUGGAAAGUCCAGUGGGCCUGAAUUUCUGCAGGAAGUGUACACGGCCAUUACAUACCAUAAUAAGUCUCCUGAUUUUUAUGAAGAAGUGAAAAUUAAGCUCCCUGCUAAGCUCACAGUAAAUCACCACCUCCUGUUCACCUUCUAUCAUAUCAGCUGUCAGCCGAAGCAAGGAGCCACCGUAGAAAGUCUCCUGGGAUAUUCAUGGCUGCCAAUUCUCUUAAAUGAACGUCUUCAAACUGGAUCCUACUGUCUCCCAGUUGCCUUAGAAAAACUGCCACCCAACUACUCCAUGCAUUCUGCCGAGGACAAUCACAUGGAGAAGUUCUUCACCCUCUGCCACUGCCUGGAGAGCCAGGUGACCUUCCCCAUCCGCGUGCUGGACCAGAAGAUCUGUGAGGCUGCGCUGGAGCACGAGCUGAAGCUCAGCAUCAUCUGCCUGAACUCCUCCCGCCUGGAGCCCCUCGUGCUCUUCCUGCACCUGGUGCUGGACAAACUCUUCCAGCUGUCCGUGCAGCCCAUGGUCAUCGCCGGCCAGACAGCCAACUUCUCCCAGUUUGCCUUUGAAUCUGUGGUGGCCAUUGCCAACAGCCUGCACAACAGCAAGGACCUGAGCAAGGACCAGCACGGGAGGAACUGCCUGCUGGCCUCCUACGUGCACUACGUCUUCCGCCUGCCAGAGCUGCAGAGGGACUUACCCAAGUCAGGCGCUCCCCCUGCCCUCCCUGACCCCCGCUACCACACGUACGGGCGCACGUCCGCUGCCGCCGUGAGCUCCAAGCUGCUGCAGGCCCGGGUGAUGAGCAGCAGUAACCCAGACCUCGCGGGGACGGCGCACUCCGCAGCGGAUGAGGAAGUUAAGAACAUCAUGUCUUCAAAGAUUGCUGAUCGCAACUGUAACAGGAUGUCUUACUAUUGCUCUGGCAAUAAUGAUGUUCCAAGUUCGACUGCAGCCCCAAGGCCAGCCAGCAAAAAGCAUUUCCACGAGGAACUUGCCCUGCAGAUGGUGGUCAGCACUGGGCUGAUGAGAGAAACAGUCUUCAAGUACGCCUGGUUCUUCUUCGAGCUCCUGGUGAAAAGCAUGGCUCAGUAUGUACAUAACAUGGACAAACGCGAUAGUUUUCGGAGGACUCGCUUUUCCGACCGUUUCAAAGAUGACAUAACUACUAUUGUUAAUGUGGUCACCUCGGAGAUUGCAGCCCUUUUAGUAAAAUCUCAGAAGGAAAACGAACAGGCGGAAAAGAUCAACAUCAGCCUGGCUUUCUUCUUGUAUGACCUUCUCUCCCUCAUGGACCGUGGCUUUGUGUUUAACCUCAUCAAACAUUACUGCAACCAGAAUUCGAGCUCCUGCUCCAGUUUCCAGGACCAGAAGAUCGCCAGCAUGUUUGACCUGACUCCGGAGUACCGCCAGCAGCACUUUCUCACAGGGCUGCUCUUUACAGAACUGGCUGCUGCCUUGGAUGUCGAAGGGGAAGGAAUCAGCAAAGUGCAAAGAAAAGCUGUCAGUGCCAUCCACAGCCUGCUAAGUUCUCAUGACCUGGACCCUCGUUGUGUCAAACCGGAAGUGAAAGUCAAAAUUGCUGCCCUUUACCUGCCUUUGGUUGGCAUCAUUUUGGAUACUUUGCCACAGCUCUACGACUUUACAGCUGCAGAUGUGCGUAGUGGGAAAAGUCGCACCAAUGGCUCAGAUGAAGAACAAGAAGGGGUCAGUGCAAUCAACCAGAAUGUGGCCCUGGCCAUAGCUGGGAAUCAUUAUUUGAAGCCAAGUGGAGUAAUGCUAUCUUCCUUGCCCUACAAGCAGUACAACAUGUUGAAUGCCGACACCACCCGCAACCUCAUGAUUUGCUUCCUCUGGGUCAUGAAAAAUGCUGACCAGAGCCUCAUUAGGAAGUGGAUCGCUGACCUGCCGUCAAUGCAACUAAACAGGAUUUUAGAUCUACUUUUCCUCUGUGUCUCGUGUUUUGAGUACAAGGGAAAACAGAGUUCUGACAAAGUCAGCACCCAAGUCCUGCAGAAGUCGAGGGAUGUUAAGGCCAGGCUGGAAGAGGCUUUGCUCCGUGGGGAAGGGGCCCGUGGGGAGAUGAUGCGCCGCCGAACUCCAGGGAAUGACCGAUUUUCAGGCCUAAAUGAAAAUUUGAGAUGGAAGAAAGAGCAGACACAUUGGCGGCAAGCUAAUGAGAAGCUAGAUAAAACAAAGGCAGAGUUAGAUCAAGAAGCUUUGAUCAGUGGCAAUCUGGCUACAGAAGCAAAUUUAAUCAUCUUGGAUAUGCAGGAAAACAUUAUCCAGGCGAGCUCGGCUCUGGACUGCAAAGACAGCCUGCUGGGAGGUGUUCUGAGGGUCCUGGUGAAUUCUCUGGGCUGUGAUCAGAGUACCACCUACCUGACUCACUGCUUUGCGACACUGCGUGCUCUCAUUGCCAAGUUUGGAGACUUGCUGUUCGAGGAGGAGGUGGAACAGUGUGCAGACCUGUGUCAGCGAGUGCUACACCACUGCAGCAGCAGCAUGGACGUCACCCGGAGCCAGGCCUGCGCCACCCUCUACCUCCUCAUGAGGUUCAGUUUUGGAGCCACGAGUAACUUUGCACGAGUAAAGAUGCAGGUAACCAUGUCUCUGGCAUCCUUGGUGGGCAAAGCACCAGACUUUAAUGAGGAGCACCUGAGAAGAUCCUUGAGGACCAUUUUGGCCUAUUCAGAAGAGGACACGGCCAUGCAGACGACUCCUUUUCCCACCCAGGUGGAGGAACUUCUUUGCAAUCUGAAUAGCAUCUUAUAUGACACAGUGAAAAUGAGGGAAUUUCAGGAAGAUCCUGAGAUGCUUAUGGAUCUCAUGUACAGAAUUGCCAAGAGUUACCAAACAUCUCCUGAUCUGAGGCUGACCUGGCUCCAGAACAUGGCAGAGAAACACACCAAGAGGAAAUGCUACACGGAGGCCGCCAUGUGCCUGGUACACGCAGCUGCGUUAGUGGCCGAGUACCUGAGCAUGCUGGAGGACCACAGCUACCUGCCCGUGGGCAGUGUCAGCUUCCAGAAUAUUUCUUCCAACGUGCUGGAGGAGUCCGCAGUCUCUGACGACACGCUGUCGCCUGACGAGGACGGGGUGUGCUCCGGCCGGUACUUCACCGAGAGCGGCCUGGUGGGCCUCCUGGAGCAGGCGGCGGAGCUCUUCAGCACGGGAGGCUUAUAUGAGACAGUUAACGAGGUCUACAAGCUGGUCAUCCCCAUCCUGGAAGCGCAUCGAGACUUCCGGAAGCUGACCUCCACUCAUGACAAGCUGCAGAAGGCCUUCGACAACAUCAUUAACAAGGAUCAUAAGAGAAUGUUUGGGACUUACUUCCGAGUUGGUUUCUAUGGAUCCAAAUUUGGGGAUUUGGAUGAGCAGGAGUUUGUUUACAAAGAGCCUGCAAUAACCAAGCUUCCUGAGAUCUCCCAUAGACUGGAGGGAUUUUAUGGUCAAUGUUUUGGUGCGGAAUUUGUGGAAGUGAUAAAAGACUCUACUCCUGUGGACAAAAGCAAGUUGGAUCCAAACAAGGCCUACAUACAGAUCACUUUCGUAGAGCCCUAUUUUGAUGAGUAUGAGAUGAAAGACCGGGUCACCUACUUUGAGAAGAACUUCAAUCUGAGAAGGUUCAUGUACACCACCCCCUUCACCCUGGAGGGACGGCCUCGGGGAGAGCUGCACGAGCAGUACAGAAGGAACACCGUGCUGACCACCAUGCACGCCUUCCCCUACAUCAAGACCAGGAUCGCUGUCAUCCAGAAGGAGGAGUUUGUUUUGACACCAAUUGAAGUUGCCAUUGAAGAUAUGAAGAAGAAGACCCUGCAGCUAGCUGUUGCCAUUAACCAGGAGCCCCCUGAUGCAAAGAUGCUUCAAAUGGUGCUGCAAGGCUCUGUGGGAGCUACUGUAAAUCAGGGACCACUGGAAGUAGCCCAAGUGUUCUUGGCUGAAAUUCCAGCUGACCCAAAACUCUAUCGACAUCACAACAAGUUGAGGUUAUGCUUUAAGGAAUUCAUAAUGCGAUGUGGGGAGGCAGUAGAGAAAAACAGGCGUCUUAUCACAGCGGACCAGAGGGAGUACCAGCAGGAACUCAAAAAGAAUUACAACAAGCUGAAAGAGAGCCUUAGGCCAAUGAUCGAGCGGAAAAUUCCAGAACUCUACAAGCCGAUAUUCAGAGUUGAGAGUCAAAAGAGGGACUCCUUCCACAGAUCUAGUUUCAGGAAAUGUGAAACCCAGUUGUCACAGGGCAGCUAAGAAGAGCCAUCUCCACGCAUGGAGACUGAGGCCCUGCGACCCUGGAGAAGGACUCACUGGCACUUAAAACAUAAGACAUUUGCAACCCGGGACCAACCACGGGCUCCCUGAACCACCAGCACUCUGAAAGCUUCGGGAUCCAAGGAGCCAUGGAAUUACACCCAGGUGGACUCUGACCAGAUUUUGGCCCUACAGAGGGAAGGGAGGCAGGCGGAGGAUCUGUGUAUUUAUUAAAGUGUGUAUUUUCACAGUGUCGUACAAAACAAGGCAUAAGCAGCUUCUCCUGCUGACUGGUCAGCCACUGUCCAUCUGAGAGAGGUGACUUCCUCUGGCUUAUAUUUGAAUUUACAGGAUAAGCUCAAACUGCCCAAAGAAAAAUGAAAAAACUGUUCACCAACCUAUUCAAAGUGAACUUCACUCUUUGUGGGAAGGGAAGGUGAACUUGUAGGAGUGGGAAACGUUUUUAAUAAAUCUAUAAGGGGAAGACUUACUAAAAUUCUAAAAAUCAUUGUGGUUGGAAAUUUGGUCGAUCGAUUAUUUGUGAACUUGUUACCCUUUCAGUAAUGGUGGUUAAGUGUUGUAUAGUUAUUUUUGCUUUACUAUAAUUUAAUUUAACAUGCAUUUAUAGAGGAACAUACUCAAAGCACUGAUUUAGGAGAUACAUGGUACUUGGACAGUCAGCCAAAAAUCAUGGAUACCGCAUUCAUUUAAAUGGAAACAAUUCUUGCAUAAUGCUUUGGUUUUUUUCUUAUGCUUGCUCUUACUCUCUCUUUUCCUCCUCUCUGGGACCAAGUUUAUUUUUAUGAAAGACUAAUAUCUCUGUUUUCAUUUCAGAACAUUGUGUUGUCAGCAGAUGUACAUCAGCUACAAAAUAUAUUCAGCUUUGAAUUCUCUUGACAAUGUACUUUAAGAGAAAGAUGAACAAAGUUAUUAUCUGAGAAUUAAAUUAUAUAUUUUUAAUAUACAGAUGACCUUGACUGAUCUAAAAAUGUAAUAAGAAUUGCAAGC